AUAUUCACCUCGCCUUCAGCAAAUAAUUGUUAAAUAUAUACUGGUACAUUUAUUUUUAUAUUGUUUUGGCUGCUUUUAUUUGAUUUUGAAAGCAGAGAAACCUGUCGAAUGGAAAACCAAAACAAAAAGGAAACCAAGGAAAUCAGGCAAGAAAAUAUCAAGUCUAUAUUUAUGUCAUCUUUAAUUCAUGUAAAUACUAACCUUAAAUUUAUUUUGUUGGGUUUAAGCUUUUGAUGGCCAUGGUUACGUGGUUACACGGUUGGUUAUAACUUUCAGAAUUGUCCAACAGUGUUUGCACUUAUUCAGGGAUUGAUGGAGUCCUCUGAAGUUUAUAAUUUUUUUUCUGAUUCCCUUCAGUCAAAGUUAAAGAAUAACAAACAACUUAAAGUGGAACAGUGGAGACGAGAAAAGGAAAUAUCUGAAAAUGCAGCCCAAAUUAAAGAUCCAAAUCAAACUCUACAGCAAAAUAAUAAGGCUUUUUCUAAAGAUGUUAAAACAAAGGCACCUAAGCAACAUAGAAGUUUUGAUCAUCUUGGCAAUGUAUAUUUUGGUCAAGAAAAGAAUCUUAAAGAACAAAGUGAUGACCGUGCUUGUAACAAGAGGAAUGCGAGAAAGAAGAAGAAUAGGAUGAAAUCAAGACAGCAAAAUGACACAGUAACAAGCUCCGAAUCCACAACAACUGUUGCUGAGAAGAAAUUUGUUCCAGACUUUUUUAGAAAUGUCACAGUCAAACCAGAAACAACACGGAGACAAGAUGAACUGACAGAGAGGUUACCGCAUUACACAAGCCAGCAAACUGGCGGAGUGUGGUGUGAAUAUCCAAAAACCAGCCGCGCUCCAUCCAGACCAAGCUAUGUUGCGAACGUCUGGCAAAAGAGACAAGAGAAACAGAAGCUACUGGAGGAGCUACAGCCUUCUGAUCAAAAUGAUGAAGAAUUACAGCUACAAAUGGCUUUGGAACUGAGCAAGAAACAAGCAGAGAUUGACGCGCAGCAAAGAGAGAUCACCGUGCUGGAGAAACAGAUGGAAGAAACGCUUCGGUUAGAGCAACAACUAAAGCGUCAAUCCAGCGAGGAGGAGACUCCCGUCAAUCAAGCCACUGUCAUGGUUACACUCCUGGUGGACUCCCCUGAGUACAAGCCAAGCACACAUGUUGGUUUUGGUGAUGAGUGGGUGCUACCUUCGGUUGAUGAGAAUGGGUGCAAGGAAAACGAGCGAGGCAAAACAGACUCAGGAGAAAUUUCUCAUAAGAACGGUGAUGGUGACGAUUAUAGUAGUAUUGAUAUUUUGGAACAGCGUGACAAGUCUACACCUGAAUCCAAGGUGGAGUAUUUAAGAAAAAGAAGCGUCGAGGCGAGUGAAGGAAAUAAUAGGACAGUGUUUUUAAACGAGUCACAUGUGCAACCGCCACACUACUGUCGAAGACAAGAUUCUGAGAUCGAUUCUUGUCCAUACGGGAAAAAUUGUUGUUUGGGGAAGCGCUGCAAGUACGCACAUCCGUCAUUGACUGACAUCCAGAAAAGACCAAAAUCAGGUAUAAUUAACUGGGGUACACAAGAUCAGUGCGACGUUAAGGAUGUCAACAGGGAUGAAAUGCCAGAGGAAAAACAGAUCCAAUCUUUUGCGUUUUGUGAAGAUGUCCGUGGAGUAUCUGAACCAUGCUUUGGUGCGAAGAACAAUGGACUAUCAGAUUAUGUCUCCGCAGAAACUGAUGGCCUUUGUUCGACGCAGAAAUCUCUAUUUGUGGGAGAAACGGAGAAUCUUAACACCGCGUCGAGAGAGGAAUAUAAUCAGUGCGACCAAGGUACUGGUGAAUCUAAGGAUAUAGACCAGUAUUCAAAAUGCGACAUUCCAGUCAGUGAGUCGAAGACAUUACUGAACGACAGGUUUUCUUUAUGCGUGGGGACAACUGAAAGCAAAAGUAAUACUGAUCAAGCAGAUUUCUUGAAUAAGAGGCACUCACCGACUGGGAAUCUAGGGAAAGGUGCCAAACAUGGUGCAACCACUUUGUCUAAAACCUCCUCGCCAGAAACAACAUCAAGUGCAGCGAGUACUGUUACAGCUCCAACUGUGUACGUUGUUGCAGAUUCUCAGUUUCCUUUUGGAGCACCUGCUAAUACAGUUUUCCACCAAUCAGCUUUGGGGUUACCAUCUAUUGCCAAUCUUUCAAGCAAACAAAAAACACAGAUUCCACCAGGAGCAUUUCACCAGUCUUGGAGUUUGGUAAAUAAUUGGGAUGGACAUAUUUCAGCAGCCACACCAGCUAAAGUAAUGCCACAGAGUCUGAAAGGAAUCUCUCCGGGUCCUGGUCCCACCGUUUCUUUAGCUCAAACCGUGUCUGUGUCGUCUGAAAUUUAUUCAAGUCCAUGUUCUAGUCCUAGUCGGCAAACCCCAGAAGCCAUUCAGCAGCUAAGCACUGUGGCUCCUAGUCUUUCUCCACAAACCACGUCUACCAGUAGUUUACCGGUGUUUCCCGGUUUUCCGUUUCUUUCAUUUCCAAGUGUUUACCCAGGUAUCAAUCCAGCAAAUGUUGCUGCUUCUGCAAGCCGGAUUGUGGGUUCGACGGGUGAAGUAUCCCUUCCAAUAACAUCCGAAGCAUCUAACAGUGUGCAGAGUCAAUACGAAGGAGCUUUCACCACGAACCAAACAACGCUACAAGCUAACUUAAAGGCUGGUCUCGGUGCUGGGUUGUCACCGUUAGGCCAGUUUCAUCCAACGCAGAAUGUCCUAUCAGGUAUAGCUGUAGAGAGGGGGAGUGUCCCAGUUCCAAACUCAUCGCAGAACUCCCAACCGGGGGUUCUUAGUAACCCUCAGUCUGCAAUCUCAACGCCACUAAAGCCAUUUCAUGUCCCGUUUCCAUUAAUCAACCCUCUAUCCUUUGUCAACAUCAGCACAGGUGUGACUUUAGGAGCACCAUACUCAGUGUGUCAGAAUGGCUGCAAAACUACUUCUACUUCAGAGCUAACUGGGCCAUCUCAGGUACAAGGUGAUGAUGAAACCAGAAACCAGUUUACGUUAGAGCAGAAAGGAACGGGCGUUAGCGCUCCCACGUUUGUGAAGCGUGAUUAUGGAAAGGAAGAUGGCGCUUCUGCUGGCUUUGGCGGUAAAACGAAGAUGCUGAGAAGACCUGUUACAAUUCCUAUGGUGAUGCAGCAGCAAGCAUCCAAGUAAAUUUAGAGGCUCUCGUACCAGGCUGCCAAUUGAAGCUCGGAAAAUAAUAUUAGGACAAAUCAAUUUCCCAUUCAAAGACAGUUAAAGAUGACUUUUGUUUGACAAUACAAAUAAGUAUUAAGUGCAUGGUAAAAUACAUCGAUUCUAUAUUAAAUUUGAGUAUUAUUUAUUGUUGAUAUAUAAUGUUGCAGUUCGAUUUGUUUCUCAUGCAAAAAGGCUGGUGUGUUUGAAAGACAUAUUUAUUAAAGAACAUCUGAAAACUUAGAGCAGAAAAACAGACUACAAAUAUUAUUGGAUGGUUUCGUUAAAAUGACGCUUAGGUAGACACUCGUACUCUCGGAGAGCAUAUCGCAACUUUGCAAAUGUUUGGUUUGGUUAAGUGAUAGCCCUCUACUAACUAUGGUUAAGUCGUUUAGUCGUUACAGUUGAAAAAUAUUUCGAUUUGACGUAUAAAUAAUAAACUUAGAAUACUUUAAAAGGAAACGCUCUGAUUCAUUUCAAUUUUCUCUCCCUAAACACCACGAAAGAAAAUAUUUUCUCCUCUACUGAAGACAUACUUCAAAGGGGCUGGCAUGCUGGCCUGUGCUUCUCCAGUCAAAUGACACAAAUCUUGAACCAAGUUCUAAGGGCUUUAUUGAAAUUAUGUUGCCUCUAACUUAGGAAUUUUCCUUUGUAAGACAGUGAAAUAAAAAGCAAUAAUUCACCUUU